CUAAAUAAGAAAGAAUUUGAAGUGAAUGUUGAUGUCCAUCAUUUUGAAUCUGAAAAUAUCCACGUGAAACUGUCUAACAAUAGACUCACUAUUUCUGGUAAACAUGAGAGUAAACAAGAUGAACACGGUUAUGUAUCCAGGGAAUUUAGCAGAGAAUUUACUGUUCCAGAGAAUGUAGAUGCCGAAACAAUGACGUCAUCAAUUACCGAGGAAGGUGUUUUGGUAAUCAGAGCUAAAGUAAAACCAGAAGAAAACCCUAAAGAUAAAACAGUGAAUAUUGAAAUAGAAAGAGACAAUACAUCCAGUGGAUCUACCGAAGACAAAAAAUAA